UCAAUGAUAGAGAGGAUUCGAUCUCCUACAUCAUACGCAACAAAAAUAAAUUAAAAUAAAUUCCAAGUCAAGCAAAGACAAGUCAGUCUCACACUGAGAGUUGAAGUUCCUUUCUCUCUCUAACCAUUAUAGUCUCUCUCUCUCUCUCUCUCUCUCUCUCUCUCUCUCUCUCCCUUCUUUCUGGGUCUGAAUCCCCAAAACUACACAUGCUCUGCCUCUGCUUCAUACCAUAAAGACUCUUACCACCACGAGAAUCCCUAUACAAACUUUACUUCCUUGUCUUCAAUCACACGAAUUUAUUUAUAUAUAUAUAAUUGGAAUUUUCCAAGUUCACUGGAUCUGGUUGAGCUGAGUUUUGAAGCUAAACAACAUUUCCAUUUGCAUGGAGUAUUGAAUUUAAUUACAUUUUAGGCUAGUCUUUUCUUUUGGUUCAUGAAGCUAAAUGAAGCGGAAGGUAGCUCAGUCGAAAUCAAAUUACAAAUGGAAGAGGAAGCUAUUGGUUGUGAUGUUCGUAGGUUUUUGUUUCGGAAGCUUGUUUUUUAUGCAGAACCAGUACAGUCGGGUUAUGACUAUGGCUUCUUCUUUUAGCGUUCAAAAGACGAAGAUCGCUUUCUUGUUCAUUGCUCGAAAUCGGCUUCCUUUGGAUAUAGUUUGGGAUGAUUUCUUUCAGGGAGGGGAGAACAAAUUUUCAGUAUAUGUUCACUCUAGGCCUGGUUUUCUAUUCAACAAGGCGACCACUAGAUCGGCAUAUUUUCUGAAUCGUCAAGUUAAUGAUAGUAUACAGGUAGAUUGGGGAGAAGCAACUAUGAUCGAGGCAGAGCGUAUAUUACUUAAACAUGCACUUAAAGAUACUGACAACAAACGGUUUGUUUUUCUUUCAGACAGCUGCAUCCCUCUUCACAACUUCAGCUAUAUAUAUGAUUAUAUCAUGUCAACAUCAACCAGUUUUGUUGACAGUUUUGCUGAUACAAAGGAGGGUCGCUACAAUCCCAAAAUGGAUCCUGUUAUUCCUGUUCAUAACUGGAGGAAGGGAUCUCAGUGGGUUGUUUUGACCAGGAAACAUGCAGAGGUUGUGGUAAAAGAUGAUGUUGUCUUCCCUAUAUUUCAAUUGCAUUGCAAGAGGAAGUCACUGCCUGAAUUUUGGCGGGAUCGCCCCCUUCCAGCUGAUGGAUCCAAGGAACAUAAUUGUAUACCCGAUGAACAUUAUGUUCAGACAUUACUAGCUCAAGAAGGCCAUGAAGCUGAAUUAACGCGAAGAUCACUGACUCAUUCGUCAUGGGAUCUAUCAUCCUCUAAAGACCGUGAACGUCGGGGAUGGCACCCUGUUACUUACAAAUAUUCAGAUGCUACUCCGGAGCUUAUACAAUCAAUAAAGGAGAUAGAUAACAUCUACUACGAGACUGAAUACCGAAGAGAAUGGUGUACUAGCAGAGGAAAACCAGCUCCUUGCUUUCUUUUCGCCCGAAAAUUUACAAGGCCCGCCGCUCUGAGGCUCGUCAAUACAUCAGCUCUGGAGCUCUAAAUGAAGCGACAAUUAUAGCCUAACCAUGGAAAAUCGAUAUGUUAGCGUAAAAUCUCCAUUCUUUGAAAUAAAGUCAUGUGAAAUAAGAAGAGCCCUAUGUCUUUACUUUAGAAUUAAGGGGUUGUUUGGCAAGUGUUAUUCAUCGUGUAUAGUUUUCUUUUUUCCCUCGUGAAAUAUAGAAUAAAAGUAUUUCUUUUAGAUAUAUUUUUGUUGUUCUAGCUAGAGGUUAUUGUAACAUACAGAAUGAGAGGUAAAAAGAAGACUUGUGACGUUUUCUUCCUAUAUUCAUAUAGUAAUGAUAUGUGCACAAUUAAAUUACAUACAAA